AUGGCAAGACUCAGUGACGAUGCCGGCCGAACGUCCUGGAUUGUAGAUUGUUCAUGGUCCGACUUCGGAAAUGAUCAUGCAGACACUGGACUACGGACUAGGUGCGUUCAUCCAGUUCUUCCUACCAAUAUGACCAAGUUGCAAAAACAAGGUCAAACAACUUCUAUACAAUGA